UUAGUGAUUUCUUUCAUACAAGCAUAUCUAACGCUACUACUCGAUUUUCGUUUGUUUACAGCUUACUUACUUUUACAGCCUAUUGUAUUUGAAAUAGAUUCUUCGGCAGACUUUUCAACAACGACUGUUUAUCGACAUAUCUAAAUAUGAACAACUGUGACUUGGAAACGUUGAGCGUUUCUCCUGGAGUGAUAGCGCCUUCUUUCCAUCCGUCUAUCUGUGAAUAUAAAGCUACAGUGCAAAGUGAUGUUAGUGAAGUGAAAGUAAAAGCCGUUGCAAGUGACAGCGGAGCUUCCUUUAGAAUUUGUGGCAAAGACGGAUCAAAGAGUGUAACUCUCAAGGAUGGCUCAAAUAUUAUAAACAUAGAGGUCACAGCUGAAGAUGGAACCACAAAAAUGUAUUCAAUUGAAGUUACGAAGUUGUCUGCUAAAAACGCAGUUUUAGACGGGCUCAACUUAGCUGGGGAUUUUCAGCUUAUUCCUUUAUUUGAAUCAAACAUACACGAGUAUUCAUGUAUAGUUCCAUGCUUCAUUAAUACUUUAACUGUACAGCCUUCAGCUCCAGAUAAAAAUAUGAAAGUAUAUGUUAACGACUCUGUUUCCAGUGCUUCAGUGGCACUGACAGUUGGAGAUACAGUUAUUGAAAUAAAGGUUUAUUCGCCAGAUGAAACAAAUUCCCAGACAUAUGACAUUGUUGUCACACGUAUGGAGUUUCCUCUUGUGGUGAACUUUUUCAAUGCUAAAGAACAGUCAUUGUAUGAAUGUCCCAUUUCUUUGAAAGCAUUUUACCGGCCAGUGUCAAUCAAAGGGAGUGAUCCAAAGCAUACAUUUUCAACUCCUUGUAUUGACAUGUUAACACGACGAUCUAAAAUUGACCCACUUAAUGAGAUGCCACUGGAGAUACAUUGGAAGAACCCGGAAUUUGAACUGGAAAGACAAAUGUCUGCUGCAUCUGUUUUCUGCUCCUAUAGCUAUAGAGGGUGCAAUAGCAUUGUGAAGUUUUCAGAACUUGGACAACAUAUACUUGAAUGUCCUUGUAAACCACCGGGUCAGCUGGAUGUAAAAGAAGUAACAGAAAAUGAGUGGUACAGAACACAGAAUUUAAAUUUGCAGUUUCAAAUAAAACAUACUUUACAAAUACAAAACUGGGAAAAAAGACUCCAACAGAUGUUAGGUGAACACAAUGUCGAUAAACUCUGCAGUUAUGCUGAAGAAUACAUUAAAAUAUACAAACAACAGCUUCCUAAACCAGGAGAAUUGAUAAAUUAUGAAGAAGGAUGCCAUCCUCUGGAUGCCUUACAGCACGUAACCAUUGCUUAUGCAUCAGCCAUCAAACUCAGACCAAGGGAUCCAAAACUUCACCUUCAGCUUGGACUUGCUCUUGAAGAAUACUAUUAUGCUAUUUCUAUAUAUGGCCUUCAAAAAAAGAGAGAAGAUGAAUCAUUAGAGCUGAACAGUGCCAAAGCUUCUAGCAGAGAUGAAGAAAUUUUAGCAAUCUGCACGCUACAUGGGUUACAUGGGAAACCGACAAUUGAAAAUCAGCUGAAAGCUUUGGAUGCAGAAUUUCGUCACCUAAAGGACCUGGGUCAGUCGGCCAGAUCGGACUAUGUACAAAUGCUCUUUAACUGGAAAUCAAAGAUGGCAGCGAAGGAUGGAAUUCCUACAGUUUCAGACGAAGAAAGUCCACUCCAUCAAGCUCUUAUUAAAUACCUGGAUGCUUUGUUUUUGGAUUCAAACAACUGGAAAUAUAACUUUCAUGUUGGUAGACUGUCUUUUCUACAGGGAAAAUGUAAAGAAGCUGUACAGUAUCUUCAGAAAUCUGUUUAUCUCAAUCCUGCAAGUCCUUCAGCCAGACUUUAUACAGGUUUGUCACUGCUGUCAUCUGAAGAAGAAACUGCACAACAAGCUCAGGAAGCCAUAAAAUAUAUACAGCAAGGAUUGGAUCACUUGUUGAAUAAACUGUUUACUGAAGCAUGUGGUAGACAGAAAAGGUAA